GGGAGGGAGGGCGGGAGGAAGGGAAGGAAGGAAGGCGCAGAAAAGUUUCGUGCGGAGCCCGCGGGCGGCAGCAGCAGCAGCGAUGCCCGUGCUGCGCGGAGCGCUGGGGCUGGCCGGGCGCCGCUGGCCUUAGGGGCAAAGCAGAGAGGCGCGGGGCCCAUCGAAAGCCCCCGGCCCGGCCCGUCCGGAGGGCGAGGAGGAAACUCUCCGGCAGAGACGGGAAAGCAUCGCCGGCGGGAGAGCGGGGAGGGGGAGCGGCACCGCGGGGACAGCCGCCGGCGGCAGAGCCCGGGGGAAAGAUGAGCUUGUUGUCAGCCAUCGACACCAGCGCCGCGUCCGUCUACCAGCCCGCUCAGCUCCUCAACUGGGUCUAUCUCUCGCUGCAAGACACGCACCAGGCCAGCGCCUUCGAUGCCUUCAGACCCGAACCCUCCUCGUCCCAGCACCCCGACCUCGGCUACACCAAGAGCACCCCGGAGCUGGGCUCUUCGCUCAGCUCCAGCUAUCUCAACAGCUUCUUUCAGCUCCAGAGGAGCGAGGCUCUGAGCAGCAGUCUGUACAAGAGUGCAUCCCCUUAUGGCUCUCUUAAUAACAUUGUGGAUGGGUUAAGCUCCCUCACUGAGCAUUUCUCUGACCUGUCCCUUUCUUCAGAAGCCAGAAAACCCAGCAAGAGGCCACCUCCUAACUACCUGUGCCACCUCUGCUUUAACAAGGGACACUACAUCAAAGACUGCCCACAGGCUCGUCCAAAAGGAGAAGGUCUGACUCCCUACCAGGGCAAGAAACGGUGCUUUGGGGAAUACAAGUGCCCCAAAUGCAAGAGAAAAUGGAUGAGUGGAAACUCCUGGGCUAACAUGGGACAAGAAUGUAUCAAGUGCCACAUUAAUGUUUAUCCUCACAAACAGAGACCCCUGGAAAAGCCGGAUGGUCUGGAUGUUUCGGAUCAGAGCAAAGAACACCCCCAGCACCUGUGUGAAAAGUGCAAAGUUUUGGGCUACUACUGCCGCCGUGUGCAAUAAAAACCUUCCAAGUGGCCUCUUCCAUCCCCAUCAUCCUGAAAGAUCCUCGGGCAGCACGUGAUCAACAGCAACACAAUAAAUCAAGAUAAAAGCUAAAAUGAUUGCCAAUAUUGCCUAUCUAAUAAUAUGCCUUACCAUUAAUAGAAUGUAACAUUUCUCCCGUGUGUGCACAUGCAUGCAACAGGUAUUUUACAGGACUCUGGUUUGUAUAGAUACAUAUAUAUGUAGAUUUUUUAUAUAUAUAUGUACACACUCAUAUAUAAAGUGUUACUGAUAGUGUUCACACCAGAACCACGGUUCAGGUUCUGCUGAUUGUUUACACAGACCCUAUAUCAUGGCCAGGUGAAGUACUAUUCAACAGGCAAGGUAUAAUAUGCACAAGGAUAUAUAUAUAUAUAUAUGUAUGGCUUUUGCAGAGGUUAAAGAACUGUGGGGCCACUGAUUGCAAGCACUCACCCACAACAUGAACGUUAUUCCUGUUAUAUGGCAAGAGAAAGGAAGGAUAAACAAGAAAAUCACUGUUUUCCCAGUUUUACAAAAGUCUGAGGCUUUUGUGCUGCUGAUUUCUUGGACUUUAUUUCUUACCAUCGUUUGGGCAGGGUUUAGGCAAAAUAGUUUUUCUUGAAUGUGGCAACAAAAAAAGAAAAAACAAAAAAGUGAAUGGUUGUUUGAAGGGGCAAGUUGGGUAGGAAGGGUUCCAUAAUGGGACCCAAAGCACCAGAAAGGAUUCCAAAGGGUUUUGGAGGAGACAGAAUUGGCUUGCUUGUGUGACUAAAGGAGCCUUCUCUUGUCAUGUAAUGCCACUGAAAUGGUCCCUGCAUGCCUCUGGGUUGCCCAUUAGGCCACCAGCACACUCAAUUUACUGUGAACAUGAGGGGAUAAGAAUACUUAAAGCUGUCCCCAAAACACUUAAUUGAAAGAUGAACCAAACUCACUCUUCAAAACAGCUUGAAAGCCACUUUCUGGAAGUAUUUUUGUGUCCUUUUUUUCUACUGUACCAGUUUGUUAAAAGGUAAAACUUGCUAGCCAUAAGGGUGUUUUGAGGCAUGGAGAACACUCUGUAUAACCUUCCCUCUUUAUGACUUCCUGAAGCACCUGCAUUCCUGAGGAGAAAUGUAGGAGUUCUAUUUUGUUAUCCCAUUUCAGGUAGAACUUUGUGCAGGGACACCCUGCUGCAAAGAAUUCAUCAGGGACUGGGCAAUAUCAUUAACUGAAAGUACCUCGAGGCAAUAUCCUCUUUUUUUUUUUUUGUCUAAGUGAGAGUACAUUGGCAAAAGGACACAACCAGCAAUUCACUUGCAGCACUCACUCAUUAAAAAAAAAAUAAAUUAAAAAUUAGAGGGGUGUUUGUUGGGGUUGGUUUGGUUUUAAUCAGCAAUUCCUAUUUUGAUGAAGUUGUGGGAAUAUUUUAUGUCCUCAAUAGCUUGAUGUGAAUUCAAUUUGUUUUGAGGAUCAAUUCCACACCACUAAGGCAGAGGGAUUUUUGUGCCAGGUGAUAGCAGGAUGUUAAGUCAGAGUCAAAAGAAAAUUAAAAACUUACAGUGAGCAUUUGACACUCUUUACAAAUUUGCUCUAGGGUGAAACUUCCUUUAUUUCUUGCCCUCCCACAAGCAGGGUGGUUUUCUGCUUAUUCUGGUGGUAGGAUGGGGUGCAGAUCUUGCAGACUUCAUUAUUUAUGGGUAGCCCAAGUGACCCAACCUACUGGCCAGAGCAAUGGAUCAAUAUUUGGACUCCUGGCUCUUCAUUAGCCCUCUGGCAAGCCACAAGAUCUCUCCAGCCCCCAGUUUUCCCAGCUCCAAAAUAGGGAUGGAUAAAACCAUUCCAGUUUACCUACCUCACAAGAGAGUUGUGAGGCUUCCCUAGUGCAAGUGUGUUGACACCACUGGAUGUCAAAAAUAGUAUUAACUAAAUUAAUCACUUUGAAAUUAAUUUAGCCCAGCUAGCAAUUCCAUUAAUUAAAAGAGCUGACAACAGUAUUACUGAAGGUUAAACUAAUAGCAGCUCAGUUGCCUCAGUCAAGAUAUGCAAUUUUAGGGUUUUCAAAUGGGAAUGCUUUCUUUUGCACAGACUCAGAAAUUACCUUAGAGACAAAUUCUCUAAGCAAAGACCCUAAUCUGCCCAUAAAAAUAGGAAUAAAAGAAUACACCUGCAAAUCUAGGGGUGGCUUUUCAAAGCUUGACCUCUAGGACUAAUCUUGAUAGCUUGUUUCAAGCACAAGUAAUUUUCAAAAAAGCCACAUACUAAAUCAGAUUUUUUUUUUUCCUUUUGAGCACUUAUUAGUAUAUGAAUUAAAAAAAAAAAAAUUUAAAAAUCACCUUGAUGCUUCACAUCCAGCUAAAGGAAACUUAGAGAAACCCCCUUAGAAGAAGACGAGAGAAAAUACAUUAUUUUCUCCCUUACACUAAGGGAGAAAACCAGUUUGGGUUUGGUUUUGUUGUUUUUUUUUCUGUUGAAUACUUUCCACCUUAUAACCACUAAAUAGAUAAGAUAGCACAUGUCUUGCUAUAGCUACAUGGAUAUACAGCAAACUACCAGACUCUGAGUAAAGAGCAACAGAAUUAGCUCUACUUGUUGCUAUUUUCACAACAGUGCCCUGUUAAAAAUGGCUUAUCCAGAUUCUGCUCUGCACAGCAAUGCCUUCACCUUCUGCAGUUUUAGGCUGUACUUUAAAAUAAGGUUCCUAAAAAAAUAAGUGAUUGACUUCAGAACAAUUAAUAAUUCCUAAAAGUGUACUUAGGAGAGUUCAGUAUUUAUAGAAGUGAUCUUUUCCAAGGCAGCAGGCAUAUAAAGUGUAUUUUGCCAUAUAAAAUGGGAGGAAAAGUGGAGGGGAAGAUCUGUCAUCAUGUAGGGGAAAAGCAGAUAAAGGGCAAAACCUGCAGGGAGGGAAGAAGUGACACUGCCAGGGGUUUCACCACAAACCCCUCCUGGUUCUCAGCACCCCAGGGCUGGGAGCAUCCUGCUUGCCUGGCCAUCCCUGACAAAAGGGAUGUGAAAAAAGGGUGACUGAGGAUCCCUGGGGAGCAGCCAGCACCUCCCGUCCCUGCUUUAUUCCCAGGAUUGUAGCAUUCAGCCCUGGACAUUAGCUCCAAGUGUUGCUGGAAAAAGACACCCACAGAAGUGGGUAACAAGAGCUUGUGACCACACACCCCUCUUCUCUCCAAGGUAAUUCACCUCCAGACCUAAAUAACUCUUUCCAAAUGGGAAAGAUCUUAAAAAUUCAGAUUUUUUUUUAUUGGGUUGAUUUACCUCGGAUUUUUCUGGAUGCUUUCUGAAGUUCUCUUUAAAGGGCCUUGCAUUUGGAACCUCAGCUAGUAAUCCCUGACUGCAUUUUCAGCCUUACCAGAAGCAAAGCAGGCAGCAGCAAAAAGCAAAAAUCAAUACAGGCCUCCCCAAACUCAAUAAUCUUCUGCUUCUACCUGUGAGAAAUUUGACUUUUUGCACUUAGCAAACUUCAUUUUUAACCUCAGAUUCUUGCUAUUGCCUGCCUACCAGCACAUACUUUUUUUUUCCCCCCCUCUUACUCUCCCCUCAAAUAUUUUUUCACUUUCAUUUAAUCCUUAAAAAAGAAAACUAACCACAAUUUGUUGGUCAGUCAGAACAUUUCACACAGAUUUUUGUCUGCCAUUAGCACUGCUCUGGAGAAAGGUAUCAGUGAUUUGAACUGUGUAGGUUUUUAGCUGCUUUAAUUUGAUGUGGCUCCAAUGAGGUUGUUACAAAUACUUCAAUUAAUGGUGAUGAAGCAAAAUCCCUGUAGCUUAAAGAAUGGCCCCAUUUUAGCCAGUUCCUACUGCUGCUACCAUAGAUGUAAAAUGAUGCCACACAAGCAAAGUUUGAGGCCUUUCUGUCUCAAAGUUGCUUUUUCAUUUCAGAUAAAUACACAAGAGUAUAUAUUAUUUCUGAAAAUAGGUGUAUUUUGAAGUUCCCCAUUAUAUGGGACUUAGUUUGUAAACUAAAAAUGUGAAGUUAUGGAUGCCUGAGAGAAGCCUUAUACAGAGAAGCAUUCUCUGCAUUUUAACCUUGAGGUAUAACAUGAAAUUCAGAUUAUACACGGGCUGCAUACCUGUGACACUCAAGCAGAUUUUCCAAAAACUGAAACUGCUCAAAACAUGAAAAGUUAAGAAAUUUUGGAAACGUCAGACUUGAUAGAUCAGUUCUCUUUGUCCUGCAGUCACGUACAAGCUUGGUUGUUUGGGUUUUUUUUUUAAUUCCUAAUGUGGAUCCUAAGAGUUAUCCACUGACCAGCACGUAACAAAUUAUCAACAUGUGGUUUUCAAGUUAAAAGUGAAUUGACAUACAUUUUCCAUUUGCCUUUGCCAACCUAUUUUCAAAUGCAAUGGAAUGAUCCCCACACAAGAAGCAUUCUUUAAGGUAUCACUCCAAUCCAUAUCAUUUCCUACCUGCAAAACCACUGCUGUCCUUUCAGUUUGCUGAAGUGCUCAGAGGGAUGUUUGAGAUCUUAGAUAUAGGGAUGAUGGUUUGUGUUUCUAGGAUGAAUUUCAAAGGGACAAUCGUGUGCAGUUACUAGCUAUAGAUGAUUGAUAUAAAUGUUUACCCCUGUAUGAAGUAUUUUACAGUUUUACUUGCAGAUGUGUAUUUAUCUUGAGUUAUACUUGACAUAGAGUUUCUUUCAAUUUUUUUUUUUUUUUUUUUUUAAUACUAUGUGUGUAUUUUGGAAACCUUUUUAGAUGUUAAAAUUUUUGAAUGGUUACAAAUAUUUCUUGUAAUACUGAACUAUUAUCUGGAAACUCUUUGCAGUAACUUUUCUGUAUAUAUUUGAGGGCCUUUUUAAAAGAAGUAUUGUUUGUUUUUUGGGGAGAAGUUUUUACAAUUUGGAAGCUUUCAUAAGGGCCUUCCUCUCAACUAGGAUACUAACAGAGGUAAGAGAUUUCUUAAGUAUUUUGCAGAACUAAGGAUGUAUCCUCAAGAAAAUAUUUAUGGAAGUAAUUUACUUUUUUUUUUUUUUUUUUUACAUUGCUUUUGUCUGUAUAAAGUAUGCAACAGAACUACAUUAAGAAGGAAAUAUUGUCUACAUAAAAUAUUAUAUGAAAGUUGGUACAUAGUUCUGACAAAAAAAAAAAACCUUGCAAUUCUUUAAGCCAUAUUGUUUUUGUUAUCCUUGGAUGAAAAUAUCAGUAUUAAGUAACCAAUAUAUUAUUCAAGUGCUUAGACUUAUAUGAAAAUGCUUAUACAGUUUAUUUAUGUGUAUUUGGGAAAGGAUUGCUAGAAAAAGCUAUCACUGGACAUAGAGCAAGUGAGGAGCAAAUAUCAGUAUUCUGUCACUUUAUGGCCUUGUGAAAGACACAGAAGAUGCUGAAAGCACCAUAGGGGCUCGGAAGCACAAGUGUUGGGUUUCAAAUGGUGUUUCUUGUCCUUUCCCAGAAUGAGAAGGGAAGAGAGGUGGUUGGGACAUUGUUUGACAACUUGACUUUCACAACUUCUUUGCAGACUGUGAGUUCAGCUAUGCAGUAUCGGCUACAGCAAUAAUGUCAGUCAGAGGAUGUAAGAGAAAAGGAUUUAAGUAGAUUAGUAGGGAUUUAUGUUUAUUUUAAUUAGAAGUCAUAGCAAUAUAGAAUAUGCAUGUGCACGUAUUUGAAGCAUUUUUACACUUUACAUUUCAUGUAGCUUGAUUAUAUUAUGAAGGACUGGGGUUUUAGUUUGAUAUUUUACCAUGCUAAAGUGGGAGGUCUGCCCAACCCUGUACUGGAUUCUUCUUUCCUUUAAAAGGUUAUUUAGAACAGCACUCACUGCAUUGUGUACUAGUGCUAAAACUAACACUGUAUCUUAUUAAUUUCUUCAGCUUUAAAAAAAAUUAACCCAAUUAUUAUUGUAUUUGUUUAGCUGUACCCACUGACCUUGUCAGAUUCAGCUGGUGAUUUGUAUAAUUUCUGUUUCUGUAACUGUUAUUAAACUUGUACAGCUAAAA